GGUUCAUACGUUAGAUGCUAUCAUAGAAGUGAGCUAUGGGAAUGUACAAGGCAGACACGUAACUCAGCCUUUGUGGUCUAGGGAAGAAUCCCACAAAGAUACCUGAGUUGAGUUUGAGAAGAAGACCGUGGAUUACCUAGGCACAGAGUCGCAGAAGGGCACUCCAAGCGGAGAAACAGUUAUGCUCAAAACUACACAAUAUUCUCAAGUCGGUAGUGGGCUGAGGCAAGAGGUCGGAUGGCAGAGUUGAACAAGAAGAUCCCUGAGGACUUUAUAUACCAUGCUCAAAGUUGUUCCCUGGACUAGUAGCAGGGCUAGAGCCAGGCCUUUCAGUGUAUACUCUGGACAAGGUAGAUGCCGGAAAUCACCUGGAUAUGGCUUUAGGUACCAUCAGCAGGAUGUUACCCUGUGAAUUGCUAUGAAGAGAAGAAUCACGACUUUAUAGAGGAAUGAGAGAAAGAACAGGAAGUGUUGAGAAGUAUCCUGCAAUGAGUGUCUUGGUCACAUACCAGAUGUCUAGCAAACAAGUCCAGGCUUCUACAGACCUAUUUAUCAAGCAGCUCAAGGGGCACAAGAUUGUGGUUGUGGGAUCAGUCAUUGCAAUUUGGAUCUUGUAUACCAGGGUUUCCUGGCCUGAUAGUGCUGUCCCUCUGUCCCCAAGGCCUCGCCCUGCCCGCAAAUCCUCUGGCUCUCUCCCCCCGAAGCUCUCAGACUUAACCCACCUUCUGCACUGGCCUCUGACUCCAGGAGAUGGGGGGGACUUUUUGACCUCCACCAGCCCUGAGACCUCCACCUACCACCUGAAGGGUCCUGCACAGGCCAGCUAUGCCCUGGGAGGCUACUUGGAGGCCAUCCUUAUUGCCAGAGACCAUAGGGGCAAGCCCAAGACCCACGGUGGGGAUCUGUUUAGGACAAAGCUGUUGGGUCCUGACUUGAAGGCAGGGGUCCCUGGGGAUGUCCAGGAUCUGGAGAACGGCACAUACCUGCUGUCCUUCCCCCUUUUCUGGUCUGGGCAGGCCCAGGUGCAAGUUCGGCUAAUCCACUCCAGUGAGGCAGUUGGGGUUCUUCGAAGAAUCUGGAGGGACCAAUGGGCCACAGUCGAUUUCAUGGGCUAUUUUCGGGGACCCACAGGAUAUGAAGAAACUGUGACUUGCAAUAUUAACCCCCUGUUAACUGGAGAGGAAGAGUCUGCCUGUCACUAUAGGGAUGAAGAUUCGGGGGAGCUCUGGUUCUGCGCUCGACCACCCACCCUGCCCUGCGACUCACUGGUGGGACAUUCAAGUGGACGUUACUGGAAUGUGACCACACCACAAGAGGAGGCCCUGCUGCUGAGGAAUGUGACAGACAAGGUCCUCCCUCAGGGUAUUUCUCCAAUCUGGGUGGCCAAGGAGAGCGAUAGGAGCCUGGUGCUGUCCCCCAAACAACUGUGCCAUCCUGGGAUCCUGGGCCCAAAGCCCUCUGGCUUCUUCCACCGAGGAGUGUGGCACUCUCUUUCCUGCUCUGGCCGCUCCUUCUCCACCGUUGACAGCAUCCUGGGCUGCCUGGCUGGUCACGUCGUCCACAUGAUGGGGGACUCCACGCUGCGGCAGUGGUGGGAGUAUCUGCGUGACACUGUGCCUUCCCUGAAGCCGGUGGAUCUGCACGUCACAUAUCAGACAGGGCCCCUGAUGGCCGUAGAGACCACUCGGAACAUAGUGCUGCACUGGCGGGCCCACGGCUGGCCCCUGCGCUCCCUCCGCACACCAGUGGCCUCCCUGCACUCUGUGGUCCAGGAGCUGGGAGGCCUGGCUGGGGGCCCCCACACCGUGGUGGUGCUGGGGCUGGGCGCACACUUCACCACCUUCCCUCCAUCCGUCUUUGUGCAGCGACUGGCAGGGAUCCGGGCAGCUGUGGCUGCGCUGCUGGCCCGGGAGCCCCGCACUCUGGUGGUCAUCAAACUGGCCAACACUGGCUACAAGUCCGUGUAUGGCAGUGACUGGUUCACCCUCCAGGUGAACCGGCUCCUCCGAGCUGCCUUUGCUGACCUCCGUGUGGCCUUUGUGGAUGCCUGGGAAAUGACCUCCAGCCUGGCCCUGCCUGACAGCAUCCACCCAGUGCGGCUCAUUGUCCAAAACGAGGUGGACUCCCUCCUCUCCUUCAUCUGCCCCACCUGAAUGCUUCUGCCUUGGGCUGUGUGGACAGAGAAGCUAGUGUGAUGAUUAAGCCUGCAAGCUCUGCCUCUCAGCCCGUUAUUCCCCUUGUCUGACCUUUCUAAUGCACUGAAUCCAUGUCAUAAUUCACACAAUUGUGGAUUUUUCAACUUGUUAUUUAGACCAUUUCUUUUACAUGUUUGAAGUCCAUGUUAUUAUGCAUUACCAGGAAAUCUGAGACAAAACAGCCAGCAUCAAGGCAUCACUUGUAAAAUCACUGGUUUUUUAAAGAUAAAGAAAUAAUCCUUUAAGCAUUUAAGCAAAAAAGGCUUAAGUCACUUACAAGAGGAAAACUUAGAUUGACUUAAAUCAGUGGUUCUCAACCUUGGCUGCACAUUAGAAUCACCUGGGAAUCUUUUUUUAAAA